GACCCCAAUGUGGCGGACGCGCCCCUGGCCUUGAAGCUGCAGGUCACCGAAGCCCCUCGCUGCACCAUCCGGACCUCCGGCACGUCCGUCUCCGUCUCAGCUCUGCUCAACAUCUUCUUGGCCCCCCCGGAGCAGCCCCUAAUUCUGCUUUCCAGCCUGACCAUGGAAUCCCGCCUCAGUGCCAAGGUGGUGCUUCACAGCAAGGCUCUUCGGGUGCAGCUGGACCUCCGAAGGUUCCGGAUCUACUCCACCCAGUCGGCCCUUGAAUCUUUGGCACUCCUCCCCUUGCAAGCCCCCCUGAAGACGCUGCUGCAAAUGACCAUCAUGCCCUUCCUCAACGAGAAGACCAAGAGGGGGGUCCGGAUCCCCCUGCCCGAAGGCAUGGACUUCACCAAGGAGGCCAUCAGGAGCCACUUGGGCUACCUCACCAUCGGGGCCGACCUGCAAUUCACCAAAGGGCUACGGGAGGUCAUCGAGAAGCUCCGGGCGACACCCAGGCCUUCUCUGGCCCCCAGGGCUGCGUAGGGGCCCUGGGUCUCGCCCCCCACCUGCUUCGAUCGUCACCUGCCUGCCCCAGCCAGGAGGGCCCCUCUGCCCUGCCGGACACCAGGGUCUUUGUAAGCCUCUGGGACAGCUGAAUAAAGAGCUACGCUGCCC